AUGAAUAUGUUCCCCAACGAAGGAGAUGCAGGGAGAAUAUUAAGAGUCGAUGAAAUUAAAAUACAUUCGAGCAGAAUCUUGCGUCGAGAUUCAUCAACCGGAGAAUCUUCACGUAUUUAUCACCGGAGUGCAGAAGGAGUGCCGUUCAAUUGGGAAACACAACCGGGGACUCCAAAGCAUCCUCGCCGCGAAGAAGCUAUUCCUCCGCCAACGCCUCCGCCAGGGGCUCGGAGCUUCUUCCCACCAAUAAAACCGUUUGCAGAUCAUUCGUCUAAAGAUGAUAACAGUCAUGCAAUGCACAAAUCAUGGUUUUGGCGAAAACACUGGAAAAAGCAACAAACACACAGGGACUACUUUGGAAGGAAAUGUCAAGUAGUAAGUUCUAAUGUUAAGUCCAAGAACUCUGAUGAUCUGUUUGGUAAUUAUUUCGAUGGGGAAUCCGCUGGUUGUGUUGGUGAUUCGUCCAGUUCGGAAUCAAAAUCAUCGUGUGAAUAUUCGUCUAAUGGCUCCUCGCGUGAAUUAAAAGAUGAUGGUGAACAUUGUAAUAAUGAUCAUGAGGUACAUAAGCCUUUUGGUUGUAGUCCUUGGAACAUGACAGGAAUCAUGGUUCGUGUUGUGAAACGGGUUUGA